CUCGGCCUUUAAGCUUGCGCGGUAGUUGCCGUUUGUCUCUCCCACAUAAAUAGCCCUCUUGGCCAACUUUUAUAGUAAUUUUUGAUACCCCUUGAGCGAUUCCCCCUUUGACCUGCUAAACUUCGAAAUAUGGCAUCCAUUCCUAUGAACAAGUAUUGGAUCCCGCAUCUAGACAUCCACAAGAGGGUCAUCACCCAAGAGCUUCAAUAUUAUUUGGGGCCAGAUGCCACCGUGAGACCGUACACUCGAGAAGGAGAAGAUGGAUUCUUGAUCACGACACCUGGGCCGUGUCUGACAGACGAACAGAUUGACGACAUCUGCCUGAAAUCCAAGGAAAUGUGGGAGCGGCAGGCGGCAGCGCGCUCGCAAUUGAAUCCCGAGAAGCCGUUGAAACGCCCACUGCAUCAACCAAUUUUAAUCUCCAAGGGCUCUGGGGAAGGGUCAAAACGCCGCGGAAAAGAUCGAAGAGGCCACGUUUCUCGGCGACCAUACGAUGACAAAAAGGGAAGCGAGACAUCCCGAAAGUGAUAUUUUGGGAAGCUUGCAAACUGUCUGGGGAUGCGGCAGAUCACCUGGGUACCCGAUGUAACGAAAUUGUGCCCGUCAGACAGAGCGAGAGCGUAACUCGCGAAGAACCCAAGCCAUGCGUUCCACUGCGGAGAGGGAUGUGGGCGAGCCUGUGUUGGUCGAGAAUGGAUUGUCUGAGAUUGAAAUCUGCAGGAGGAAGCCUCCAUCCAGCGAGGGAUUGCCAUCUGGCAUUGCUGAAGCCCCUGUGGAUCCCGAGGUUG